CGCCCCCUGCUUGUCUGCGGCCAGUAGCGGAAGUUCCGUUCCGUCGAGAACUGGGACAGCAAGCGCACCCCCUACAGUGUAUGUGUGGCAACAACAUGUCUGUGCCGCUGCUCGCCGAGGCUGUGACGGUGUCUGGGAUGGAGAAGGAGACCGCGGCGGUGAUCUUCCUUCAUGGGUUGGGAGACUCAGGAUACGGGUGGGCAGACACUUUCACGGGGAUCGAGCUGCCUCACGUCAAGUUUAUCUGCCCCCACGCACCCCCAAUUCCUGUCACUCUCAACAUGAAGACGGUGAUGCCCGCGUGGUUUGACCUUAUGGGUCUCAGCCCCGAGUCCCCAGAGGACGAAUCUGGAAUCAAGAAGGCAGCGGACAACAUCAAGGCCAUAAUCGAACAUGAGGCCAAAAAUGGGAUCCCCCCACACCGUAUAAUGAUCGGUGGCUUCUCUCAGGGCGGGGCUUUGUCUUUGUAUACCGCCUUGACCUGCCAGCAUCAGUUGGCUGGCGUUGUGGCCCUCAGUUGCUGGCUACCACUUCACAGGAGUUUCCCAUCGGCGUCAAGCGGCAACAAGAACAUCCCGAUCCUGCAGUGCCACGGCGAGAUGGACGUCAUGAUCCCAGUGCAGUUUGGUGCCAUGACGGCAGAAAAACUCAAAUCCAUAGUCAACCCUCAGAUGAUCACCUUCAAAACCUACCCAGGGCUCCCUCACAGCUCCUGUCCUCAGGAGAUGGCGGCUGUAAAGGAAUUUAUCGAGAAGUACUUGCCCCGAAUCUGACCUCACCUCAUCCCCACUAUGACCCCCUGAGACACUGACCUCUCACCCCUGAUCUGCCAUUCUCCCACAGGAAACAGCCAUGAGCACCCCCUCGUCCACACACAUCGACAAAAUAACAAACACACACAUGAAAACACACGCACAUUUGAAAAUAAUGAUUUGAUCCACACUGCUAAACAAAACAUAUGCUUCUCCAUGCAGUGAAAUCCAACAACAAACUAAUUUGAUAAUAACAUAACCAAGUGCUCACACUCACAAGUCUUAGCCUUUCGGAGGGAGAAAUAAUGACUCACACAAUACAUUCCCUUUGGUUUUAUUUAAACAACCUCAGUUUUUCUCCACUUUUACCUCAUUUUGCUUCAUCUUAACCUUUUUUUUCAGCUAUCACAUCCUCCAUUGCGUCAACUGCCACACCUUUCCCAUUUUCAUUGAUGUGUCAGUUUGUAAGACAUUUAGUGGAAAACCAUCAUUAAGAUGGAGUCGGAUAAGCAGGUGAACACCUACCUGAUGCUGUCAGUGACCAUACUAGCGCCUUAGUAUCAGUCAGACUGGAUUUCGCUUCCCAUUCUUUUCUAUGUGGAACGGGGCGAGACACGUUUGCUUUUUGUCGCGAAUUGACCUACCUGAGUUAAAUCUGAAUCUGACUGAGCUUUGACAUGUGAAAUCUUGAGGCUCUCCAAUGUCCAGCCAGUUUGAGAGAAAAGGUGGGAUUGACUUCUCAUUCAGGAAAUAUUGGUUGUUUAUAGUCUUGCUUAAUAACUGCACAGUGAAAUAAUACAAGUAGCAGAGAAGAAGGGAUGCUGCUUGGCUGCAGUGAGUACAAGGAGAGUGGCAGAGGUUACUGACAGUAAAAUAUGAUUUGAUAAAACGUUGUAUAAUUUACAGCUUUGUGGACUGCUGUUGUUAGCCCGCUAGCCAUGCUAGCUCUUGCAGUUUAUGUUUACAACCCUGCCCAAGCUAUUUCCUGUCCCCUCAUGCUUUUUUGCUGCACCACACGAGUAAAUUUUGCCCGUUGAAAUUUGCUCCGACUGCGGCUUCACUCCAGUGUUGGAGUCCUACAGAGUCUGACUCAGGAGCAGUGAGUGCUGGCUUUAGAGCUGGAGCAGCUGGUUUCCCACCAACCCAUCCAUCCCACAGCCUACCACCCCAUGACAGUGCACUGCAGCCUGUCCGGGUCUUACAUCGCUAAUCUCGACCACUUACCUAUGGAUGCCCCUUUUUAUUAAAAUACCAACAUCCAUGGGAGCCUCACAUUUCUUUCUUUUUUUAAUGAGUGUGAUAAAAUAUCUUGAAUUAUAUAAGGAAAAUCCAAUUGAAAUAAAAUAAAACUAAUCAAUCGA